CUUUCCGCGCUUCCUGCCUUUGCUGAGGGACGCUGCUGACGGCUGGGAGGACGACCGGAGAGACCAGAAAGCUUUUAGGGAAGAUAAAGAGAGUGGGAUUCGGCCCCGGGGUUUGCACCGUCCUUCGGGGGUGAAAAACAAACAAACAUUUUCCGUUUCUGCUAGAUUCGUCUCCGUCACCGGCGCAGAAAAAUGUCGACCAGUCGUCAGCUUAGCGAGUGCAGGGCCAUCCCGAGCAGGACGGUGUUGAUCAACGACACAACGCAGCUACCUCACGACUAUUGCACCACCCCCGGAGGCACUUUAUUCUCCACCACUCCCGGGGGGACCCGAAUCAUCUAUGAUCGCAAGUUCCUGCUUGACAGGCGUAAUUCUCCCAUUGCCCAGACUCCCCCGGCUCACCUGCCCGUCAUCCCUGGAGUGACGAGCCAAAAUGUCCUGAGAGAGAACAAGAAGAACGAAGCCAACAACCACAUCAACAAACAUGACGGCAAGCCCGCGACCGGGGAUGAUGCCCAGUUUGAAAUGGACAUCUAACAGACUGGAGACCCACCAGCACGAAGCAAAUGACCUGGCAUCCCACGUGCCAGUGGCUUGGCUUGUAGAAACCCAUGUUGUGAGCCCUCAUGGCAGCCAUCUUUGUUAGCUCUCUGUCCCGCAGCUGAAUGUAAUGUUUGUAAACCACGGGGAUUCCGCGUAUCACGCAUACAUCUACUCUGGAAAUGAUGUUUAUUUGUGUCGAUUUCCAUGGUUACCAGUCGCUGUACAAACCACACAAUGAGGAAGCCGGCCUGAAUAUUCUGUACCCAGACACUUUGUCCAAUUAGCAGAUUGCAGCGCUGAUCUUCCAGCUUUCUGUGAGUCGGGAUGUUAGGCAGAGCACACUAUGAAACAGAAAAUAUUGGAAGCACUAGCCUUGGAAUCAAUCAAACUCUUUGAUAUUCAUCAGUCUUUGGUUUUGUUUUGAGAACCCUCUACAGCUUGUUGUUUGAGGGAUUAUAUUGUCUUUUUUUUCUGAAGGACUUGAAAAACCCCACAAUCUAAAAUUGAUGGUUGUGUCUGUUUAGUUUCCUGUGAUGGAAUGCAAAGGGAUGCACUUAUUUUGUUUUCAUUUUGUAAUUAGGUGAAAAUGCCAUUCCAAUAUUUCAAUUUCCACUACCAACAAAAGCAUCGGCGAGUCUCAUCAACUUAUUCCAGUUCAUUUUAGAUAGUUUUGUAGUUGUCAAAUUACGGUCUUAUCUAAGGACUACUAUUACCUACUAUCACUUGAAUCUAAUUAUAAACCUCGUAAUAUAAAAAACAAGCUUCUCAAUGGCAAUUCACUUUCAGAACAGUUUAACAAUAUCACUAAUGUGACCUUCAUAGAAAUUGUGUUCCUCCUGCUGACAAAGUCGAUACACUUUUCCUCACUUUUUGUUCAUGAUCAAAACAUCUGUCAGGUGUCUUUUUCAAUAUCCAGACCAGAUCAAUAAUUCGAUUUUGGAAAUGGUUAAUAUCACAAUAUCAUUUUUCGGGUGAAAAAUACGAUUUUAUACAAAUACUCUGAUGUCUUAUAUGCAUUCUUAUUUUUUUUACGCAACGUCUGGGUAUUGAGGUUAAUUACUUGGGCAUCAGCAAUGUCGAGCCUUUGGAUGAAGUGUCAAAGAACCAGAAGACAUUGUUUACAUCAGGUCCCCCGUGUCCUCGACCCAUCGGACAUCCCCCUACUCCUCCAAUGUGUCACGUCUGUCCAUGCCUUACUUUACAUCAAAUGCAGUAACUACAAUUAGGUUCCUAGCCAUCGAUUUGUAUUUUCCAACAGAUGUUUAUUUUUUCACUGUGACGUUGAACUGGUAACAUUGUUCUUGGCAAUUUGGCAAAGCAAAUAGGUUUUAUUCGUUUAUUUUUUUAUUAUUCUUGUUGAGAGUGGCAGCACACAUUUCAUUUGGGGAUUCUGAAGUUCAGACGGUUUAAAUAACUUUGUGCUCAUUUAGUCUAAAUUCCAAUCCAAUUUGUUUGUGUGCUUGUGUUGCACCAUCAUAGACACAGUCCCUUCUGUUAAUUGUACUGUUUCCAAGUAACAUUUAUUCACUUGGAAAAUAAAUCAC